AUGAAGUUCCUGGCUGCUGUCGCCGCCCUUUUGAGUGCCACGAUGGCUGCGCCGUCCAUUGCCAUUCGCGGCGACCCUGGUAUCACCGUGGCGCAUCCCGGUGCUGUCCAGGACAUGAAGGUUACGAAGGAGACCACACUCAACGGUACUUAUAAUGGUCCUCAAGCAAAGAUCGUUGCCCCCUCGGAUAUCUCCGAGCGUGCGGGAACAUCGAUUCCUUUCCAGUUUGUCAACAACUUUUCUGGAAGAGCUGUCAACGCAUACGUCGUCGGUCUUGAUCCCCAGAAGCGCGUUGUCUUUGUUAGACAAGAUGGCACCCUCGUCUACCCCAGCUCUGGAGGUUCUAAAGUGCCAGUACCUGUCAAAGAAAAUAUCAAAAUAUCUCUCCCCGGCAAGGGCCAGAGGCUGUCUAUGACUCUUCCCAUUUCUCUCGAGUCUGGUCGUAUUUACUUUUCCGAGGGCGAGCUGCAAUUUGGCAUGGUCCGCACUGACACUGGCGGUGAUGGUCUGGUUCAGCCCUCUGUGACCAACCUUGGAGACCCCAGUGCUGGAACCGACUGGGGAUUUGUCGAGCUCACUUUUACCAAGGAGGGGGCUAUCUAUGCCAACAUCAGUUACGUCGACUUUGUCGGCAUGAUCCUGAGCAUGGACCUGUCGACCAGCGACGGCACCCCUAAGCAAGUGACCAAGGGCCUCGCUGCUGGCUCUAUGAAGACCAUCUGCGACGAAAUCCGUCAACAGGGCUCCAAGGACGGCCGACCGUGGGGCAAGAUGUGUAUCGGGGACGGUUCUGGAGCCGCCGUCCGCGUCCUCUCCCCCAACGACUAUACGGUGAUUGACCCUAACGGAUUUGCCAACUAUUGGAACAACUACGUCGACCAAGUCUGGAACAAGUACUCGAACCAGCCCUUGAUUGUCAAUACUCAGGGCGAUGCUGGCAAUGUGAGCUGCAGAGUUUCUGGCAACCAGUUGAACUGCCCUGGCGAUAACCUGAGCUUUCAGAAGCCCUCGGCCGCCGACAUCUGGGGCUGCAACAGCGGACCCUUUGAGAAUCGUGGUAACGGUAUUCAUCUGGCCGCCGUCGCACGCAUCUGCGCUGCCUUUAUUCGAACCACUCUUCUCCUCCCUGGUGGCAACGUUCAGCCCAGCCUUCCUGCCAGCUCUUACUACACUGCGGACCCCACGGAUCACUACAGCCGCCUCAUUCACAAGCACGAGGUUGAUGGCCGAGGCUAUGCCUUCCCCUACGACGAUGUCAAUGCCGGGAACGAGAAUGCUUCUGGCACCGUUGCUUCUGGUCGCCCGAGCACCCUGACCGUGUACGUUGGAGGCUACUCGGCAUAG